AUGCCUGCACCCAGCCGUGGUCACCGCGCCCAGGGCGGAAUGACUCGAACGCACUCACGCACUAACUCAGGCGGUUCAUCGAAGAUCGGGCUGAACCUGCAGUUCACACAGAAGGACGUACCCCCGCCCAGACUGCCCGAUAAGUCGAAGAAGAGCGCGCAUUUUAACCACGAGCCUACUGCGCGUACUGGGACAAUAUCCAGGAUCGGCAGCACGCACCGUCUUCCGUCGCGCGAACAGAUCGCCCCUGCUCAACUGCGGCGUGCCCCACCACCUGUCGCUGCACGCACAAAGGAUGGCAAGCACCGUGCAGGGUUCACCAUCUCUAGUCCGUCGGAAGGCGAUGAUGACGAGUGGGUGUCCAGCGAGAGUGGAAAUGCCACCCCAAACGCUGGCCAGUCGGACUCGGAAGCCGAAGAGAUCAAGACACCCGUUGAGCCUACCAAACCACGUCUACCGCCGUCAGCCAUGCAGGUUAACGGCUUCCAUAAAGAAGAUGUAGUGACCCCCAAGGCCGAGGUGCCCCCAUUACCCCGGGCAGACAUGACGAAGCCAGAGCGGCCCUCAUCGCCAACUCGGCGCGAUUAUGUCUCUCAAGGGCAGACACAACCGUCUACUCCCCAAACCCAACAGCUAGGUCGCCAUGAUCAACACUCGCAUCCGUCCGACUCGUUGCCACCGCCAAUAACCAAGGCUCGCUCAGAGACGCACUCCCCUCCCCGAUCAAGGUCUCCGCCUCCCAAACGACAGUCUAUGACGCGCCCACCAUCAACGCAUUCAAUCACGAGCCGGUCCGAUGGUGCAUCACUGCGACCGCACCCACUGAUUCGUGGUCACUCGUAUGGUCAGGGGGCUCCGUUCGCGGCAAAGCCCGCUCCCCUGGCACCCUUGACCAUGGUCUCCUCAGACGCUGCGCAGGCUCAGUUAUCGUCCGCAUCAUCGCCAACCAGCCUUCGUGCGGGCUCACCGACGAGCAUUCGCACCGCCUCACCCAAUCACUCAUCGUCGCCCACGUCAUCAGAAGCCCGUAGGCAGCUUCGACGAACUUCAACGUCUUCUGCCCGGUCGACUGCGACGAUGCCGGCGCAGUCUACCAGCCAAGCACAAGCAUCGCUCAGCCGGUCGAACCACGAUCGACAGCGCACGCUCUCGACGAUCUCGUCCUCAUCUUCUUUCGCCGCCUUAUCCAGCCUUGCAUUGCGGUCAACGCCCUCGCCGCCCCGCGAAUCGAUUCACUUCACGUCCCACCUCCCCCCCGUCGAGAAGUUGCAGGGCCUCGAGGCAGUGCACCCACUCCUGCCGCCGCCAUACUUGAACUCGCACAUAUCUAUUUUAACGCAUCGGAACCCGGUGGCAGAGUCUUACGACAGGAUCAUGCGCGCCAAACAGGCAAGAUGA